AUGUCGGAUUUUUUGCCUGAAGGAAUCACCAUCAACAUCCUCAAAAGAUUGCCCAUCAAGCCCCUUAUCUGCUGCAUGUGCGUUUCAAGAUCAUGGUACACUCUAAUCACCAGCCCAGAAUUUAUUGCUACUCAUCUCAAUUUCGCCAUUGCUAGCAAUGAAGGCUCCCCUCUGCUUUUACUUAGGCGCUGCAUUAAAAAAACUGAGCGCUAUGAUUUGUAUUGUGAUAAUCUAUUGUUUGAUCGACAUUUUACACUUGAUUUCCCCUUUAGAAGUAUAAACCCAUUUUUCACAAUCAUUGGUAGCUGCAACGGGUUGUUAUGUCUUUCUGAUGAUCGAGUAUUUUAUAUGAACACUAUAAUUAUUUGGAACCCUUGUGUUAAAAAGUCGGUUCUUCUUCCGAAACCAAAUAUGGUAUAUAAUUCAUAUGGAAGUUUUAUGCAAUCUUUUGGAUUCGGAUUCGACCCCAUUUCCAAGGACUAUAAGGUAGUGAGGAUUACAUAUACUGAUUUUAAUGGGCGCCUGCCCCAGAUUGAGCUUUAUAGGUUGAGCAUGGGGGUGUGGGAAGACAUUAGUCAUUUGGCCCUUAAGUACAUUAUACAUAAUAGGUCGCGCCAGAUUUAUAUAAAUGGGGUGACUCAUUGGAUUGCUCGAUACUUGGAUGGUAAUGAUUUGAUUUUGUCAUUUGAUAUGCGUGAUGAGGUAUUCGGUGAGAUGAUAUUACCGGCUCGUCUGGCUAAAGAUGAUUCUCAAAAAUGUAAGGAAUUGGUGAUCUUUAGGGAAUCACUUGCUCUUGUUAUGUGUGAUGAAUCCAGGGUCGAAUAUUGUGUAUGGGUGAUGAAGGAAUAUGGGGACGUGGAGUCUUGGACUAAACCAUUUAAUGUUAACUUACAGGAUUUUGGCAGAGGAUUUAUGAAGCCGUUAUGGGUUAGAAAAGAUGGUGAAGUGUUAAUGGUUACAAAGGAUGGCUGUUUGGUUUCUUGUGAUUCUGGUGCACAAGUUAAUUAUCUUGAUGUCCCUAGCUGUAGAUCCGAGGAAUAUCUAUGCUCUGUUCAUGUUGACAGUUUCUUGAAGAGUGUGGCUCUUCUAGAGAAAGGGCCUGAUUUUAGUGAUGCAAUCACUUUCAGCAAAUUGCCAUCUUUGCAGAAUGAUGAUCGUGGUUCUGAUGGUAACUGUGGAAGCCAUUACAAGCGUAGCGAUGAAGUUAAUCCGAGCAUAGGAAAAGAUAACCGAUUCCAUGCAUAA